GCUCUCUCUACAACGGUGUCUGAGCAUUUCAUUUCAUUUCCUCUCAAUUGCAGCUCCACAUCCUUCAUCUCUGCUGGAUCGAAAUGAGUAGUUGGAAGGCUCUGCUUCUGCGAAUCGGAGACAAGUGCGCCGAAUAUGGUGGAAACACUGAUUUCAAAGAUCACGUUGAGACGUGCUUCGGUGUAGUUCGCCGAGAGCUGGAGCACUCCGAUAAUGACAUUUUGCCUUUCCUUCUUGAGUGUGCUGAACAGUUACCUCACAAGCUUCCUUUUUACGGGACAGUGGUUGGUCUACUUAACUUAGAAAAUGAGGACUUUGCAAAAAAAGUAGUGGAAAGCACUCAAACUAAUUUGCAGGAUGCUUUAGAUUCUGGAAAUUGCAACAGGAUUCGUAUAUUGAUCCGGUUUCUCACUGUUAUGAUGUGCAGCAAAGUCCUCCAACCAAGUUCUUUAGUUGUUCUCUAUGAAACCUUGUUAUCAUCUGCAGCUACAAUAGUGGAUGAAGAGAGGGGAAAUCCAUCUUGGCAGGCAUGUGCUGACUUCUAUGUGACUUGCAUUCUAUCCUGUCUCCCUUGGGGAGGAGCUGAACUUGUUGAGCAAGUUCCUGAGGAGAUUGAGAGAGUUAUGGUUGGCACAGAAGCCUAUUUAAGAAUUAGAAGACGAGUUUCUGAUAUUGGUUUCUCUAUUUUUGGGGAUAAUGAUGAUUCAGAUAAAGCUCUUGAUGGAAAGGAUUUCUUGGAAGAUUUAUGGGUCCGGGUUCAAGAUCUAUCGAACAAUGGAUGGAAGCUUGAGAGUGUUCCCAGGCCUCACCAUUCAUUUGAAGCACAAUUGGUUGCCGGAAAAUCUCAUGAUUUGGGGCCAAUCAAUUGUCCCGAGCAACCAGAGCCACCUGUAGUACUAUCUGCUAUCACCUGUGGCAAACAAAAGCAUGAGGCUGAGUUAAAAUAUCCUCAGAGGAUACGCAGGCUCAAUAUAUUUCCUGCAAGUAAAUUUCAGGAUUUGCAGCCUAUAGAUCGCUUUGUUGUGGAGGAGUAUUUGCUGGAUGUUCUUUUUUUCUUCAAUGGCAGUCGAAAGGAAUGUGCUUCUCACAUGGCUGGACUACCUGUACCAUUCAGAUAUGAAUAUCUCAUGGCUGAGACCAUAUUCUCUCAGCUACUCUUGUUGCCCAAUCCCCCAUUCAAGCCAAUAUAUUACACAUUGGUUAUCAUUGACCUCUGCAAGGCUCUUCCAGGGGCCUUUCCGGCUGUUGUAGCUGGUGCUGUACGUGCACUUUUUGAUAAAAUAGCUGACUUAGAUAUGGAAUGCCGAACUCGCCUCAUCCUUUGGUUCUCUCACCAUUUAUCAAACUUUCAAUUCAUUUGGCCCUGGGAAGAAUGGGCUUAUGUCUUAGACCUUCCAAAAUGGGCCCCACAACGCAUAUUUGUUCAGGAGGUUUUGGAGAGAGAAGUCCGUUUGUCAUAUUGGGACAAAAUUAAGCAGAGCAUUGAGAAUGCCCCUGCAUUAGAGGAGUUGCUUCCUCCCAAGGGUGGACCAAAUUUCAAAUAUGGUGGUGAGGAUGAUAAAGAUGGAAACGAACAUACUCUUUCCAUGGAACUCAAUGGCAUGGUGAAAAGGAGGCAAACUGCUCGUGAAAUUAUUUCAUGGGUGGAAGAAAAUGUCCUCCCAGCUCAUGGUUUUGAAAUUACACUCAGGGUAAUUGUUCAGACCCUUCUUGACAUAGGUUCAAAAAGCUUUACUCAUUUGAUCACUGUCUUGGAGCGGUAUGGCCAAGUAAUUUUAAAGAUUUGCCCCGAUGAGGACAAGCAAGUCAUGUUGAUAGCUGAAGUGAGCUCCUACUGGAAGAACAGCUCCCAAAUGACAGCUAUAGCCAUUGAUCGAAUGAUGGGUUAUCGUCUUAUAUCUAAUUUGGCUAUUGUGAGAUGGGUCUUCUCUUCCGCAAACAUUGAGCAGUUUCAUACUGCUGAUCGUCAAUGGGAGAUUCUUAGAAAUGCUGUUAAUAAGACCUACAAUCGCAUUUCUGAUCUAAGGAAAGAGAUUUCAGCUCUCAAGAAAGGUGUGGUGUCAGCUGAGGAAGUUGCAAGUAAAGCUAAAGCAGAGUUGGAUGCUGCUGAGUCAAAGCUUACACUUGUUGAUGGUGAACCCGUUCUAGGAGAAAACCCUGUUAGACUGAAGCGUUUGAAAGGAAUUGCUGAAAGAACCAAAGAGGAGGAGGUGUCUGUUCGUGAAUCUCUAGAGGCAAAGGAAGCACUACUUACCCGUGCUCUUGAUGAAAUUGAGGGACUGUUCCUUUCAUUGUUCAAAAACCUCUCAACUGUUCUGAUGGAACGUCUACACGAUGCAUUUAGAGAUGGAACAUUUCAACAAUCCAGGCGGCAAGCAGAUGAAAUGGCGAUUGACCUUGAAGAUUCAUCUGCAAUGGACUUGGACAAAGAGAAGAAAAGUCAUUCAAAUGGUGAGAGGACCGGCAAUGUUUACAAUGUGGGCGAAAAGGAGCAAUGGUGUUUAUCAACUUUGGGUUAUGUGAAGGCCUUUUCAAGGCAGUAUGCUUCUGAGAUAUGGCCCCACGUGGAGAAGCUGGACGCAGAGGUACCACUAACAGAGACUGUGCACCCUCUUUUUCGUAAGGCUGUCUAUGCUGGGUUACGUCGCCCUCUAAAUGAGAUGUGACUCUGACCUGCCCCAAUUUUGGUUGGUGACUCUCUCUCUCUCUCUCUUUACAUACGACCUUGUAGUUUCGUGUAAAAUUACUAGAGAAAUGUAGAAAGAGUUGAAAGUUGGGGUUGGAAGCCUUAGUUGGGCAUUAUUGAUAUGUGGGGUGCCUUGUUUGUACUAAUAUUUGUGGUGGUCUAGCUGCUUUUGUAUGCAAGAGUAGGUAUCUCGUUGACAUGAUUUUAUGUAUUACUUCUUACUAGCGGGAGUAGCAGUUAUAUACUGCCCUUACAAGGAGGGCCUCUUUACUCCUCUUUUCUCUCAAGAGAGAUUGAUUAUAUGCAUUAGUUCCAGAUAAGAGUUA